UAGACCAAAACAACAAAUCAAAUGUCAAAAAUUGUUCGCGCACGCACACAUACAACCGAAACUGUCAGUACACGCGUGAAAACAGAUGACACAAAACAAUGUUAUCAAUUUUCGGUGCAUUUUUUUCUCGUCGAUAAUCGCUCUUGAAUCAUCAGACGUUUUCAAUGCUAAUGAUCACUAUCGGUCAUUUCCUGCGUAGCGAGUGAAACGGACGACCAUCAUCGGAAGGUCAACGCGGCGUAGUCGCUAGCAAUCCAGCAUUCCAAGUGGAUUAUCCGAACAGAAUCAACGUAAGCCAAAAAGGAAGAAAAAUGGUUUCGUCGCCUGCGGAACGGUUGGCGACGGAUUCGUCCGACACUACGGAUGAGGAACCGGAAAAGACGGAACCACCGAACACGGCCGAAUGUGAUUCGCUGCACAGUGGCCGCCAGCUGGUACACACCAUCCUACCGAUCAAUGUGGACGUGAUGUUUGAGCUGCUGUUUUCGCGCUCCAAGUUCCUGAUGGAGUUUCACGAGGUACGCAAAACGACCGACAUGGUACCGGGCGAGUGGAAGGUAAACAAGGACGGAUUGAAGGAGCGCGUGGUAACGCUUACGAUAGCCAUUACGCAAACGAUCGGACCGAAAAAUGCCCACGUCACCGAGACGCAGGUGAUGCGCAAAUGUUCCCUGCCCGGGCAGCUGUACGCGAUCGAUGUGACCGCGGUACAGGGUGGAAUACCGUACGCGGACAGUUUCUACGUAACGCAGCACUACUGCAUGUCACGCACGGUCGACAACCAUACAGUGUUUUCCGUACACGCACAGGUCCACUAUCGGAAGUCGAUCUUUGGCUUUGUGAAAGGCUUCAUCGAGAAGAACACCUGGGUAGGGCUGGAAGAUUUCUACACCUCGCUGUUGCGCAACCUGCAGAGCGAGUACUGCAUCCCGCCAGCAAAGAGUAAGGGUCGGCGUACGCGACGCAGCGUACACACCCAGAACAAGGUGAUUGAGGAAACGAUUAUCAUAGCAGAUCAUACCAAAGUGAAACCGAUUCGGGUACCAACGGUUGUGGUUGGUGGAGUCCCACCGAAAGCAUCCAAAUCCGGAUACCGGUGGUUCGUGGCCAUCAUGCUGCUCGUGCUGAUCGUGGUCAACACGACGCUCUACACCAAGCUGCUACAAAUGGAGGAAACGGAGCGAAUGUCGCGGUUAGAUAAUAGUGAGGAGCUGGAUUCGCUACUGCUUGCCAAGAGUGUCCGAACGCGCAACGACUGGUUAACGAUUUUCCAGCAGCAGGAGUCUCGGUACAACGAUGAAAUGCUCGAAUGGCAGAAGGUACUGUCGACGGUGACGGAGAUGCUGAACAAGGCCAGCGUGCUUUGUACAAAAUUGUGCCGAAUGCCGGACAACGGUACCAGUGCGGGAGGAGGAUAGAGUACGCGCGACGAUUAAUGUAAACUGUCUGGUUCCUUGUUAGUAUUAUACUUUUAUUCAAUUUCCUAUUCUCUUUCCGCCGAUGUAAGCGAUCGGCCUUUCCCGGGCAAGGAUGUACCAUACUAGAUGAUGCGUUGUACACUUUUAAUGUAAAAUAUACAUUUAUUUUUGCGAA